AUGACGCAGGUGGAAGAGAAAGUCAACGCCGCUCUGUGCGUCACUGUACUCACGGACAGCUGGACCAAUGUACGGGGCGAGAGCAUCUUGAACUUUGUGUUGGCUACACCGAAGCCUAUUUUCUACAGCGCCGUGGAGACGGAAGGUCACAGGCACACAGGAGACUACAUCGCGGGAGAGAUUGUGAAGGUUGUGGAGAAAAUUGGAACCGACAAGGUUUUCGCUCUUGUUACCGACAAUGCAAGCAACAUGAAGGCCGCGUGGACAAUCGUCAGUCUUCGCUACCCUAGCAUCACUACUCUUGGAUGCUGUGCUCAUGGACUAAACUUGUUGCUGUCGGACAUGCUCAAACUGGUGACAUUGCAAGAAGUUUGCAAGAGGUCCAAGACUCUAAUCAAGUAUGUCAGAAACUCUCACGUGGUUGCGGCUCACUUUGCUAAGAGGCAAGAAGAGUGCUAUGCUGGAAACCAGACCACAUUAAAACUACCAGCUGAAACUCGCUGGGCGGGCAUUUUGAUGUCACUAGAAGGCUUACUGAAGAACAAAGAAGCUUUACAGAAAACUGUGAUCGCUGCGGAGCUUCAAGUGAGCAGGGAAAUAAGAUCAACGAUAUUAGAUGAAGACUACUUUUGGCGAGAUGUGCAAAGCACCUUCCACGUGUUGCAGCCAGUUGCCCGUGCUAUUUCCGAGGCUGAGUCAGACACUGCUGUCCUCUCAGACGUCCAUGAGAUCCUGUUCAAAGUAACAAGACAAGUCGAAGAGGCCCUUCCAAACUCUGCCUUGACAACGGGCGAAAAGGAAAGAGUAGCAGAAAUCCUGCGUGAGCGACGCAACUUUAUUUGCCGUCCAGCACAUGCUGCCGCAAAUUUGCUCGACCCGAAGUUCAAAGGGCGGUGCUUAAGUGUGAUGUAG